AUGGAGCCUGUGCCCGAUGAUCAGACACAGAAGCGUGCCCACAUGAGAGACAAAUACAGCCAAGCGGUGCCAGACCUUGUCCAGGCACUGGACUCCCAGUCACAGGAUGCUUAUCGAAGUGAUGAGCUGUCCUUGGAGUUUCCCUUGGAUCAUUCGACCCCAAGGAUGAAGAUUUUCUCGAUUCCGAAGCCUGUCACUUUGCGCAUCUGUCCGCGGGAAUGCUUAGAAAGUAUUUUCUGGUCGAGUCCGAACUUGGUGGAGGCUCUCUCGAGUACUACCUCAAAGUUUGACGAGAUUUACGAUCACCCUAUGAAUGUGAAAAAUUCCCCCUCUUCUUACAUUGUGGCGGAGAGAGCAUACCAAAUCUUCAAAGGACUGAUACAUGGUCUCUACCAUGGCUUUCAAAUUGGAAUACUGAGGCUAUGCGCGAGCGGCAGGGAAGAUGAGGAGGACCCAGCGACAACGUAUCCUCACCUUAUGCUCGUCAUGUGCUCUGUCGCAGAGGCGACGGACGACGAGCUACUCUUUGGUGAAGUAGGACCCAUCAUGCAGGCAAUCCAAAACCGCAUCAGCUUGACGGAGAUUGAGAAGACAUCCCUGUUUCGGAUAUGGCAUCUCCCACAUGCCAAAUUCAACAUGUCUGGUAUCUUAAAAGUCCGAGCCUCGCCCAUCUACAGCUUUCGAUACAAGAUGGAGGUGUCCUUCAAACUUUUCCUUAAAUACUAUGCCUGCGAUCCUCGAUAUGGCCCGGAUUACAAAUUUUGUAGCGAUUAG